AAAAGGUAAAUCCAAAAUUCUAGAGCUGAACAGGAAUUUAUUUUGUUAAUUUUCAUCGACGAUCCUCUGUCUUUAGUUGAUUAAGCUGCGGCGAAGUUGGGUAAAAGUUUUAAAAAAUCAACGAUAAUGGUGAAGCCAAAAAUCGCGCCAUCUAUGCUGUCGUCGGACUUUGCAAAUCUGGCGUCGGAGGCGGAACGGAUGAUUCGAUGCGGCGCGGAUUGGCUGCAUAUGGAUAUUAUGGUAAGUCAUUUCGUGCCAAACCUCACAAUUGGGGCUCCAGUGAUAGAGAGUUUGAGAAAGCACACACAGGCAUAUUUAGAUUGCCACUUAAUGGUAACAAAUCCUAUAGAUUAUGUUGAGCCGUUUGCAAAAGCAGGUGCUUCUGGUUUUACGUUUCAUGUAGAAGUCUCUAAAGAUAAUUGGCAAGAACUUGUGCAGAAGAUCAAAUCAAAGGGUAUGAAACCUGGUGUUUCCUUGAAGCCUGGAACCCCGGUCGAAGAAGUCUAUCCACUGCUCGAUGGUGACAAUCCUGUGGAGAUGGUUCUCAUUAUGACUGUGGAACCUGGAUUUGGUGGGCAGAAGUUUAUGCCAGAAAUGAUGGAGAAGGUGCGUGUUCUGCGGAAGAAGUACCCAUCACUUGACAUAGAGGUCGACGGUGGUUUAGGACCUUCGACAAUCGAUCUUGCUGCUUCAGCAGGAGCAAACUGCAUUGUUGCAGGAAGUUCAGUAUUUGGAGCUCCAGAUCCUGCUCAUGUUAUAUCACUACUGUACAAGAGUGUAGAGAAUGCGCAGAAAAGUAGUUAGCUACUUUUUGAGGGACGAGGAUGGCGACAUAUUAUGAUUGCUUUGAACUGUAUUACGGUGUAAUUUACGAUUAUAGUAAUGUAAUAAAUUGAACUACAUCUAUGUUAACUGUAUUAGUACCAUUUUCACAUAUUUAUGAGAGUUAAAUGUUGAAGGCA